GCAACGUGAAAUGUAACCCCUCUCCACAGUACCGGUGAAGCUCAAGCUUGCGCAACAGACAGAAGUGUGUGAUGAUGGCUCUCCGAACGUGUGCUAGAGUACUUUAUCGGGGAUCCCUACAUGGUUUACGACUAAGCCCUAGGGCAUCAUCUUUUCUACAAAGUCCUUCCCUAGUUCGUGGCCACAGGCUUGGCCCUGCUGAUGAUGAAAUGUAUCAGAAGACAACGGUCUCGGUGAUGCAGAAAGAACCGGGUGGUGGGGCUAUGAUCUACAGCUAUAGCCCACAUGGGUUCAACAUUGAUGGGAACCGCGUGAUUGGACCCUGUGCUGUCAUUCCUCCAGCCAUCCUCCAGUGGAAUGUUGGCAGUUAUAAAGAUAUCACGGCUGAGAGCUUGGCAUUGUUCUGCAUGAUUGAACCCCGUAUUGAAGUGCUGGUCCUUGGCACGGGGGGGCGAACGGAGUGGAUUGACCCUGAGAUUCUAGCAGUUCUAAAGAAGAAUGGCAUAAAAGUGGAGGUGCAGGAUACGGCAAAUGCAUGUGCUACCUUCAACUUCCUGAGCAGUGAGCGGAGGAUCACGGCGGCCGCCCUCAUCCCUCCCCCCGUCAGCACAGAGCUGGAGUAGGCCCGCCCUCACCGCGGGGGCACUAGGAGCAGUCCAGCAGGAGGAGGCCGCACACAUGCCUGGAGGAGUUCCACAGAGUGCUUGGAGAUGGUUCUCACAUUCUGAUGAGGAGAAGGCUGAAAGGCAGGAAAAUCAACCCGUCCUACCUUCGCAAAAUGGUUCUUUUGAAAUCUGGCAUGUUUGUUUCAUCAAUCAUACACACGUGUUCAGUAGCAACACACAGGCUGCUAGAAGGUGGAAGUGUGUUAUUGCCAUUCCACAUGAUGGCAAUAGUAGGACAUUUGAGUUAUGAUUUAUUUUGUAAAUGACAGUGGAAGAGUGUAUCAAGAAAUUGUACUCUUUAUUGGGUAUGUGUAUAUCCCAGUGUUUUUGUGUGAUUGUGAGAGGAAGUUUUGCUCUAUGAAUGAAUUGUAUAGAUACUGUGUUUAAAUAAUGUUUAAUAAAGUGAUCUAUUUAAGUGCCAA